AUGUCGAGCCUUUACGAAACCCGCUUGUUCAUCAACAACGAGUUCGUCGACGCAAAGUCCGGCGAGUUCCUCACGGUCUACAACCCUCACACCGAUGAGCUGGUCUCCGACAAGAUCCACGCGGCCGGCGAGGCUGAUGUCGACGCCGCCGUCAGCGCCGCGCAGAAAGCCUUCAAGAAAUGGGGACAGUCAGACCCGAGCGAGAGGGCUGCGCUGAUGCUGAAGUUUGCCGCCCUCAUGCGCGAGCACGCUGCCGAGAUCGCCAAGCUGGAGACCACAACGAUGGGUAGUGCCAUUGGCACGCAGACCAUGGGCUACAAUGUCGGCGCCGACCUCUUCACCUAUUACGCCGGAAUGGCGGACAAGAUCCACGGCGAGACGUCGUACCCAUCCUCGGCUGGCAAGUACAAGAUCACCCAGCGUGAGCCGAUUGGUGUGUGCUCGGGUAUCGGAGCGUGGAACGUCUCUGCCGUGCUGUUUGCGUGGAAAGCUGCGCCCGCCCUCGCCACGGGUAACACCUUCAUCUACAAGCCCUCCGAGAAGGCGCCCCUCGGCAGUCUCGCGCUCGCCAAGCUCGUCCAACAAGUCUUCCCCCCCGGUGUGAUCAACAUCAUCAACGGCGCGGGCAAGACCGGCCAGCUGCUGGCCUCGCACAUGCAGAUCCGCCAGAUCGCCUUCACCGGCAGCACCGCCACCGGCCGCAAGAUCCAAGAGCACGCCGCCAAGAGCAACCUCAAGCGCGUCUCGCUCGAGCUCGGCGGCAAGUCGCCCUCGCUCAUCUUCGACGACGCCAACAUCGAGGUCGCCGUCGCCAAGUCGAUGGAGGGCAUCCUCGCCAACACCGGCCAGAUCUGCGCCAUGGCCUCCCGCGUCUUCGUCCAGGAGAGCAUCGCCGACAAGUUCAUCGACACCCUGAAGAGCGCCUUCGAGGGCGCCAGCUCGAGCGGCAUCAUCGGCGACCCCAUGAACGAGUCGACUCAGAUCGGUCCCCUCGCGGACAAGACCCAGUUCAAGCGUGUGAUGGAAUACAUCGAGGGCGGAAAGAAGGACGGCCAGCUCGUGACCGGUGGUGUCCGCAAGGGUGAGAAGGGCCUGUUCGUCGAGCCGACCAUCUUCAGGAACACCCCGAGCACCGCCCGCAUUGUCCAGGAGGAGGUCUUCGGCCCCGUCGUCACCGUCCAGACAUUCAAGACCGAGGAAGAGGCCAUUGAGAUGGCCAACGACACCAUCUUUGGUCUGUCGGCCUGCGUGUACACCAACAACAUCGCCCGUGCCCUCCGUGUCACUCGCCAGAUCGAGGCCGGCACCAUCGCCGUCAACGACUGGUACUUCCCAGGCGUCGACACGCCCUUCGGUGGCGUCAAGCAGAGCGGUUACGGCCGUGAGGGUGGAUUGGAGGGAUUGAACGAUUACCUUCAGACCAAGACCAUCCAGAUCAAGUAA